AUGGCAAAUACUCAAUGGCAUUUGCUUUUCCCGGACUCAGAAACACAUUAUCUCGAGUUAGAUGAGUCUGAUCAUCGACCCCUAAUCAGUUUUCUGGGAGAUAGACCACAACAGAGAAGAGGACAAUUCAUGUUCGAUGAUAGAAUGACAUCAGAUGAAGAUUUUCAACAAAUGGUAUCUCGAGAAUGGAAUAGUGGGUCAUCACAAAAUACUACUUUGUUGGACCGAAUAGUUAAGAUUCGUCGUCAGAUUUCUCGGUGGAAACAGAGGCAUAAACCAAACGCAAAAGAAAAGAUAGCUAUUCUCCUGUAUAAGUUGGACAAAGCAGCUUCAUCAGCUAAUGUCUCACAGUCUGAACGAGACAUUCUCGAAGCCCAGUUGAACAAAGCUUAUGUCGACGAGGAAAUCUACUGGAAAAGGAAGAGUCGAAAUAAAUGGUUACUAGUGGGGGACAGAAAUACAAGAUUCUACCAUCAAGUGACCAAGACGCGGAGAGUGAAGAACAGAAUUCUGUCCAUACAAGACUCACAAGGUAUUAUUCAGAGAGGAGAUGAUAACAUUGCAGCAACUGCAGAAAGAUACUUCACGGAGCUAUUCAGUACACAGGGGAUUCCGCAGAAUGCUAUAGAUGAGGUCUUGGUCAACUUUGAAAGCAGAGUCACAAGAGAUAUGAACAAUGAUCUUACAAGAGAAGUAUCACUUGAGGAGAUCAGAAAAGCCGUUUUCUCAAUUGAAGCUCAAAAAACCCCAGGACCGGAUGGUUUCUCUGGAUCUUUUUAUCAAAGCUUUUGGAAUGAAAUAUCACCGGCACUAUUAAUGGAAGUGAAAGCUUUCUUUGAGGAAGGAAGAAUGGAUCAAAGACACAAUCACACAAACCUGUGUCUAAUACCCAAAAUAACAACACCAACAAUGAUGGCAGACUUCCGACCAAUAGCGUUGUGUAAUGUUAGCUAUAAAAUCAUUUCCAAAAUCCUGGUGAAUCGGCUUAAACAACAUCUAUCAGCUCUCGUCUCAGAAAAUCAAGCGGCUUUUAUUCCAGGAAGAAUGAUCACAGAUAAUGUGAUAAUAGCUCACGAGGUAUUCCAUGCAUUAAAGGUCAGAAGAAGACAAUCUAAGUUUUAUAUGGCACUUAAAAUAGAUAUGAUGAAAGCAUAUGACCGUCUAGAAUGGGGUUUUUUGGAAGAAACCAUGAGAAGAUUUGGGUUUGAUAGUAAAUGGAUACAAUGGAUCAUGACUUGUGUCAAGUCUGUGAGUUUUUCAGUUCAGAUUAAUGGUUCACCGAGAGGAUUUAUACAGCCACAGAGAGGUCUAAGACAAGGGGAUCCUUUAUCCCCUUAUCUUUUCAUUCUCUGUGCAGAAAUACUAUCUCAUCUGAUGACUCAAGCAGCAAAUACUAGGAAGAUUCAGGGGAUUAAAGUCAGUACCCAAAGUCCAGCUGUGAAUCACCUUCUUUUUGCAGAUGAUUCAUUAUUUUUCUCACUUGCUAAUCCACAGUCCGGAAGAGCAAUUAAAAGGGUUUUGAAUCUAUAUGAAAAGGUUUCGGAUCAAGCUGUAAAUCUGAGAAAGUCAGCAAUAACGUUUGGAAGCAGAGUACAGGAUCGAAUUAAAACACAAAUGAGAACAAUAUUGGGGAUCCAUAAUGAUGGUGGAGGAGGAAAGUAUUUGGGUAUGCCUGAGCAAUUUGGGAAGAGGAAGGCUGAAAUGUUUCAAUAUCUACUAGAAAAGGUUAAUGAAAGAACUCAAGGUUGGAACAAGCAGUUCCUUUCACAAGGAGGGAAGGAAGUCCUAUUGAAAUCUGUAGCUACAUCAAUGCCAGUCUAUGCAAUGAAUGUUUUCAAGCUCCCUAAGGGUCUCUGCACUGAUAUUAACAGGAUUCUAGCAAGAUUUUGGUGGGGAAAAGGUCAUGAAAGAAGAGGAAUGCACUGGUAUAGUUGGGAUCGAAUGGGUUUACCAAAAAAAGAAGGAGGGUUAGGCUUCAGAGAUAUUGAGCAAUUCAACCUUGCUUUACUCGGGAAACAAGCAUGGAGGAUACUACAAAAUCCAAACUGUCUUAUGGCCAGAAUAAUGAAGAGCAGAUAUUUUAAAGACACAAACAUCCUCAUUGCUGAAGAAUGCCGGAGAAGCUCAUAUAUAUGGAAAUCGAUUCUCCAAGGAAGAGAUUUAUUGAGGAAAGGAAUGAGAUUUAUCAUUGGGGAUGGAACUGCAGUUAGCUUUUGGUAUGACCCUUGGUUACCGUUAGAUCCUCCACGACCUCCAAGACCGAUAGAAGAGAUCGUCAAUCAAUGUCUAGUGAAAGAUCUGUUUGAUGAACAGUCAGGGUGGAAUGAAAGAGAAAUACAAAGACUAGUUGUGGAAGAGGAUGCAGAGAUUAUCCUAUCUAUGCGGGUAAACUCAAGAUCAGAAAAAGAUUUAUUAGGUUGGCACUACAAUAAAACUGGUCUCUACACAGUUAAGUCUGGUUACUGGUUGGCAGCUCAUACCCAUAAAAGGAUACUUCAUCCCCCUUCUGGUAAUGCUAAUCUGAAGCAACUAAUCUGGAAGCUCAAAAUCGCUCCAAAAAUAAAGCACUUCCUGUGGAGAGUGGUCUCAAGUGCAAUCCCAACAGGUGAAAACCUCAAAAGAAGACAUAUGACAAGAAAUUCACUUUGUCUACGGUGUCUUUCUUCAGAAGAAACGUCUAAUCAUCUUUUCUUUGAAUGCACUUAUGCACAACAAAUAUGGAGAGCUUCAGGAUUUCCAAACCCAAGUGUCAUCAAUAUGGGAUUAAAUUUUGAGGAAAAGCUGGAAGCCAUACUUAAGAGGAGUUCAUUACUGCCUCACAGAGUACAUCAAUAUGCCUUGUGGAUAUUUUGGCGCAUCUGGAAGAGCCGCAAUACACUUUUGUUUCAACAAAAACAAAUCCCUUGGUUAACAACACUGAAAUUAGCUGAAAGUGAUGCAAAAGAAUGGUUAGAUGUCUACCAGCUCGUUGAUAGAUAUAAUCAGCCAGACUUUCAUCAAAAACCAACCUCGAUGGCAAGACAUCAUCGAUGGCUUCGAGCAAAAGAAGGAUGGCUAAAAUGCAACUAUGAUGGAAUGUACAUCAAGGAGAGAAACAAUGCGAAGGCGGGAUGGAUUCUAAGAGAUGAAAAUGGAGUUUUCAAAGGAGCAGGUCAAGCAGAAAGCAAUGCAGCACAAACACCACUAGAGAGUGAAGCCCAAGCAUUACUGAUGGCUAUGCAAUACUGUUGGUUAAGAGGUUAUAGGAAAAUCAUUUUUGAAGAAGAUUGCAGAAACCUGGUAAACCUGAUCAACAAAGAAACCCUCAACUUUGGAAGUCACAACUGGACCAGAGAAAUCUGGAAGUGGAAAGGAAAGUUUGAAAAUACAGAAUUUGUUUGGACACACCGGGAAAAUAAUCAAGCAGCAGACACUCUUGGGAAGGCAGCUUUACUGGUUAAUACCAGAUAUAGUUCUUAUCAUUAUGUCCCACAUGUAAUUUCUGAUGUAUUACAUUCAGACUAUAUAAGUUUCAAUUAA